UCUGGCAUGUAAUGGCAUCGGAAAUGUAGUAUGGAAAGUUAAGCUAUGUGGAAGGACAGUGGGUUAGUAUCCCAUCUGUGAAAAGAACAAGUGGGUGUGAGGUGAGAGAAGCAGUCAUGUGACAGCACGUGGUCACCUGUUCAGGUUGUUAUGUAGUGACAGGUAUCAGACUAAUUGGCACACUAACUAAGCCAUUUAGCAGUGAUAUGGAUCAGGUAUAUGACAAGUUACAGGUAUUUGCUAAAUGAUGAAUUGGUGACAAUUGUGAUAUGAGGCGUAAAUAUGAUAUGGCUGAGGGCAUGGAUGUAAUUUGCUAAAAAGGCUGUGAUUACAUUUCGUAUAAGCAGUGGUAUGGGGUAUAUAAGUGGUGCCAGGGAACAUGUUGUGACAGGCUCAUGCCACGAGCCAGAAAGCUUUUUCCUGUCUGUCUUGCUCGCACUCAGAUACUGCCCGGGUGGGGGGGAAAUCUGUCCUUUGGGAGUUGAUGUGAUGGAUUGCAGGCCACUGGUGUACUGUGAUUAUGUCGGAAGUGAUAGGACAAGAAUGCAUUACUCACAUUCACGUACUACAUGGGGGUAGUGUUCAACCAUUACAUUAUCUACACCAAAAAAAAAAAAAAGUCACAUACCCAAGCAUUGCUAUCUGUACCAAUCAAUCACUUCCAUAGCUGCCCUGCACUCCCAAGCAUGUAAUAGAUACAGCCAGGAGGCGUACUGCUUGGGUGACUGUCUGUGCUUCCACCUGUCUCUCUUUCUUAUAGCCUGACUCUCAGCCGCUCUGUCCCUUUCUCUCCCUGUGUUUCUUGGGGCAGUGACAGCAUCAGCUGCCCAAGCAUUUUAUCUAGAAACUAAAAUUAGGAUUGUUUCUUUAUGAGGUGGAGCUUUUACAAAUUGCAAAGAGUGUACCAGAACAACUUAGAUCAACACGAGUGGCACUAAGUAACCACUGGGAACCCAAUAGAGUGAAGGAGAUCAAUAAACCAGUUCACAGAAUCUGAGAAGACUAAAAAGAAACAGCCUGCUAUCAUCUGAGCCCACAGGAUAUAACAAUACAACAACAUCAGAGAGAUGGUGGCGCCCAGUGUGAAGAUGCAGGGCUUCAGUAAACAGUACCUGUAAAGGGUUAAAAAAAGGGAACGGCUUUAAAGAGAGAUCCAGACACAGGAGAAAAUACAAUAACAUGGUAAAUGGCGGCAUUGUCUCUUCAAGCACAUAAUUCACAUAUGGCUCUGGAAAUGCCUGGGGGUGCCCCUCGUUUUUUGUGUUUCCCUCGAUCUAUCAUUGCACCUGUUGGAUCGCAAGCUGUCCUGAGAUGUCGCAUUAGUGGAGAUCCUCCUCCUUGUGUACUCUGGGAACGAGUGGGAAAUAUUCGACUUGAAUUAGGAGAGCGAUGCAUAGCUCAAAACAAUGAUGAUUGGUACCAACUGGUUAUCAGCGACCUGAGGCCAGAGGACUCUGGUCAUUACAUGUGCAGGGCUAGUAACUGGUCAGGAGAGGGCUAUGCUGGAGCCAAACUCACUGUAACAUCCAACUUUAAUGUUAAUGAACAUCCCUCCAGUAUGGACUUACAGUCUGAUAUCCAUUUGUCAAAACAAUUAUCCAAAAACAUUGCUAUGCCCAGUCUCACUCAAAGUUUUGAAUCUGUUAUGGAUGCUUCAAAAUCUGUGUUAUCUUCAGAACUAAGCACCUCUCAUGAAUUAGGUUCUUCAGACAGCUUCUUGUUGUCUCCUCAAGAUGACUAUUGUGUGACCCCUGAUUUCCCCCCACAUUUUUUGCUUGUCCCAACUUCCCAACGGUUAAGUCGUGGUCAAAGUUGUGAACUAUCCUGUAAAGUCUCAGGAAAACCAGAGCCUACUGUCCAUUGGGAGAAGGAUGGAAGGCACCUUGAAGAGCUUUGUGAUGGAUCUCAUUAUCGUUUAUCUACUGGGGGAACUACAUUGUACAUCUCUCGGGUCCGUCCCCCUGAUGCUGGCGUAUAUGUGUGCAGAGCUGUUAAUACUGUAGGGCAAUGUUUAGCUGCUGCUGUACUUUUGGUUGACCCAACUCCACGCCAGGGCCAAGAGCAUGUGCCAGGGGAUCCACCAGCCCAAGUCAAAGUGUUCACAGUCAAUGAGGGGAAACAUGCAAAGCUUCGGUGCUUGGUGACAGGCAAACCUCGACCAGAGAUUAUCUGGCGUAAGGAUGGACGUGCAGUGAGUCCGGGACGUAGGACACUGAUAUAUGAGGAUCGAGAAGGCCAUUUUAUUCUUAAGGUUCUGUUUUGUCGUCAGCAGGACCAAGGCUUGUACAUAUGUGGUGCAUCCAACACAGCUGGAAACACGCUGAGCGCAGUGAUGCUACAUGUUAAAGAAACAGGGUUGCGGUUCCCAGCACCACUGAAAGACAUUGCGGUGAGAGAGGGGCAGGAUGCUGUGCUAGAAUGCUCAGUCCCAGAUGGGUCUCGGACAUCAUGGUUCCUGGAGGAUCAGCGUCUACAUCCUAACAAGCGCCACUAUAUGGAGGAGCAUGGGCCAAUCAGACGACUCAUUAUCCGAGGAGCCAGAACAGAUGAUGAUGGAGUGUAUGUAUGCCAGACUCAGCGAGGAGCUCAGAGCAUUGCAGAAGUAGCAGUGAGAGGGCCAAUCACAAAGAGGUUGCCUCGUCGUUUAGAGGUAGCUGAAGGUGGAAACGCAGCUUUUUGUGCAGAAACAGAAAGUGAUAUGGAGCAAGUUGGCUGGACCUUGAAUGGACAGAUUCUGUAUGAAGACCACAGAACAGUUCUGCAGAGUUUUGGUCGUACUCAUGUCUUGGUGCUGGUUGGGGUGACCCAAAGAGAUGCUGGCAUGAUCCAGUUCCAUGCUGGGCUUUCAGAGUCAUCCUGUCAGCUCCGUGUAAAGGCUCAAGGGCGUAGCAUCACCUCGGCUUCUGGGGAGCCAGCCAAAAGAACACUUGAUGCAGGUCAGCCCAUCUGCAUUAGUUGCCAUGUACCAAGCUCUGGGGUCAAAGUGCAUUGGAUGAAGGAUGGACAAGAACUGGAGGCAGGGGGACACUUUUCUAUCCAAUCAGAAGGCAGAAUGCGAAGGCUCCUCAUCUCAUCCUCAAAUGCCGCAGACACAGGGACUUACUCAUGCCACACAGCUAACGAUAGUGUCAGCUUCACAGUUACUGUAAAAGAGCUGCCAGUAAAAAUUAUUAACACAAGUGAUGACACCGAACGGAAAUGUCAAAGUGGGGAGCAGGUGGUGUUGAAGUGUGAGGUGUCUAGAGAGAACGCUAAGGUGUUCUGGUACCGAGAUGGCGUUGUGUUAGAAGAGAGUGAGCGCAUCAGGCUGGAGUCAGACGGCAGGCACCACAGGCUGGUUAUCCUGAAUGCAAUGUCACAUGACUCUGGAGAAUUUGUCUGUGACACUGGAGAUGACUCUGUUUUCUACAAUGUGACAGUUACAGAGCCCCCUGUGAAGAUUGUGAACACAAGUGAUGAUUUGGAGAUGAAGUGUCUGAGUGGGGAGCAGGUGUUGCUGAGCUGUGAGGUGUCCAGAGAAAAUGCCAUAGUGCGCUGGUACCGUGACGGCAUGGAGCUGCAAGAGAGUGAGCGCAUCAGGCUGGAGUCAGAUGGGAAGCGACGCAGGCUGGUGAUCCUCAAUGCAGAACCUCAGGAUUCAGGGGAGUUUGUAUGUGAUGCUGGAGACGACUCUGUCUUCUACAAUGUGACAGUAAAAGAGCCCCCAGUAAAAAUUGUGAAUACAAGUGAUGACGUGGAACUAAAGGUUUUUAGUGGGGAGCAGGUGGUGCUAAGCUGUGAAUUGUCCAUAGAGAAUGCCAAGGUGUGCUGGUACAAAGAUGGCAUGGAGGUUGAGGAGAGUGAGGACGUCAGGCUAGAGUCGGAGGGAAGGCAUUGCAAACUCAUUAUCACUCAUGCAUGGCCACAGGACUCUGGAGAGUUUGUCUGUGACACUGGUGAUGACUCUGUUUUCUACAAUGUCACAGUGACAGAUCCCCCGGUGAAAAUUAUAAACACAGGUGAUGACUUAGAGCUGAGUUGCCUGAGUGGGGAGAAGAUAAUGCUGAGCUGUGAGGUGUCCAUAGAGAAUGCCCAUGUUCGAUGGUACCAAGAUGGUAUAGAGGUGGAGGAGAGUGAAGGCUUUAGGCUGGAGUCAGACGGAAGAUAUCGCAGACUCAUUAUUCUCAACUCUAGGCCAGAGGACUCUGGUGAAUUUGUGUGCGACACUGGAGAUGACUCUGUUUUCUACAACGUCACAAUUACAGAACCCCCUGUGAAAAUUGUUAACACAAGUGAUGACUCAGAGCGGAAGUGUUUUGGUGGGGAACAAGUGGUGCUGAGCUGUGAGGUGUCCAGAGAGAACGCCCAGGUGCGCUGGUACAAAAAUGGUGUAGAAUUGGAGGAGAGUGAGGAUAUCAGGCUGGAGUCAGAUGGAAGACAUCGGAGACUGAUCAUCACUCAUGCAAGCCCAGAAGAUUCGGGGGAGUAUGUCUGUGACACCAAAGAUGACUCAGUCUUCUAUAAUGUGUCAGUGACAGAGCCCCCAGUGAAAAUUGUGAACACAAGUGAUGAUUCAGAGCUGAAAUGUCUGACUGGGGAGCCUCUGGUUCUGAGCUGUGAGGUUUCCAGAGAGAGUGCAAAGGUGCGAUGGUACAGGGAUGGCAUAGAGUUGCAGGAGAGUGAGCACAUCAGGUUGGAAUCAGAUGGGAAGCGUCGCACACUGGUUAUCCUGAAUGCAAAGUCAGAGGAUUCAGGGGAGUUUGUAUGUGAUGCUGAAGAUGAUUCUGCCUUCUACAAUGUGACAGUGAAAGAUCCACCUGUAAAGAUUGUGAAUACAAGUGAUACUACAGAAGAGGUUGUGAGUGGAGAGCAGGUGGUUCUGAGCUGCGAGGUUUCAAGAGACAAUUCUCAGGUCCGUUGGUACAAAGAUGGAGAACGAGUAGAAGAGAACAAGCGUAUAAAGCUGGAGUCAGAUGGGAAGCACCGCAGGCUGAUUAUAAUCUGCACAGAAAUCCAGGACUCUGGAGAAUAUGUUUGUGAUGUGGGGGAGGACUCUGCAUUUUACAAUGUAACAGUGAAAGAGCCCCCUGUACAAAUUGUGAACGCAAGCAAUGAUUCAGAGCUGAAGUAUCUGAUUGGGGAGCCUGUGGUUCUGAGCUGUGAAGUUUCCAGAGAGAACGCCCAAGUGCAUUGGUACAAAGAUGGAGUGGAAGUGGAGGAGCAAGAGGACAUCAGACUGGAAUCAGACGGGCGGUAUCGCAGGCUGGUUAUAUCCCUAGCACAGAAGCAGGACUCUGGAGAAUAUGUCUGUGAUGCUGGAGAUGACUCUAUCUUCUAUAAUGUGACAGUGACAGAACCUCCUGUAAAAAUCGUAAACACAAGUGAUGACUCCAAUCUCAAAUGUUUCAGCGGGGAGCAGGUGGCGCUGAGCUGUGAGGUGUCCAGAGAGAACGCCCAGGUGCGCUGGUAUAGAGAUGGCGCAGAGGUGGAAGAGAGUGAGCGCUUCAGACUGGAGUCAGACGGAAGGCAUCGCAGGCUGGUUAUACUCUCAGCUCAGACACAGGACUCAGGGGAAUUUGUUUGUGAUGCAGUAGAUGACUCUGUUGUCUACAGCGUGACAGUUACAGAACCCCCUGUGAAAUUUGUGAAUAUGUUGGAUGACACAGAUCUCAGUUGUCUUACUGGGGAGCAGGUGGUGCUGAGCUGUGAGCUAUCCAGAGAGAAUGCCCAGGUGCGCUGGUUCCGAGAUGGAGUGGAGGUGGAAGAUAGUGAGGGCAUCAGGUUGGAGUCAGAUGGCAAGUAUCGCAGACUGAUUAUGCCCUCGCCAAAGACCCAGGACUCUGGAGAGUUUGUUUGUGAUGCUGGAGAUGAUGCAGUGUUCUUCAGCGUUAUAAUUAAAGAUCCUCCCACUAAGAUAUUAUUCCCAGAAAUUCACUCUCAGAACCUCCAGUUUCUAAUAGGAGAGAGGGUUGAGUUGGUGAUAGAAGUGUCCCAGAGUACUGGUAAAGUCCGUUGGUUUAAAGAUGGUCUUGAGGUUGAUGAAGAUAGCAAUUUGCAAUUGGUGUCCAAGAAAUUCCAUCGCUCCUUGAUUUUGCCAAGUGCUAGAAUAGAGGAUUCUGGAGAAUAUAUCUGUGACACAGACAGUGAUUCUGUAACAUUUGACAUCAAGGUUUCAGAACCACCAGUAACGAUUCUUCCCAGCCGCUGCUCGUCUUCUGAGCUGCAUGUGACAGAGGGGGACCCCUUGUGUAUAGAGUGUGAAGUAUCUCGCAGCAAUGCAGUUGUUCUCUGGUUGAAGGAUGGGCAGAAAGUAAUAUCAGAUGGGCAUCUGAGCAUAGAGGAGCAAGGAACACAACGCAUUCUGCGCUUCAAUUCUGCGCAGCCAGAACAUGCUGGGCAGUACAAGUGCGAUGCUGGAACAGACUCACGAGUCUUCACAGUGCAUGUGGAUGAGGCUGUAGUGAUGAUCUUAGGGCGUGAGCAGAUCACGCCAUGGAGGUUGUGCACUGUGUCUGAGGACCUCAGGCUGGCACUCUCCCUGUCCCGCUCUGAUGGUGAAGUGAGAUGGUACAAGGACGGCGAGCGGCUGAGCGACAAUCCGCACAUACUAGUGGAGGAGAGGGGAGCAGAGCACUCACUGACCAUCCUGAGUGUGAAGCGAAGUGACGCGGGGGAGUAUCUCUGUGAUGCCCGCCAUGACAGCUUCAGCUUUUUUGUCACUGUGGGAGAACCUCCAGUAACUAUUGUGGGGAAUACAGGAACCCCUGAGCACCAUACGCUGAUGACUGGUGAUGAUCUGGUUUUGGCUUGUGAGUUGUCACGGCCAAACUUCAAGGUACGCUGGCUACGCGAUGGAGAGGAGAUGGUGUCAGGUGGACGGGUGAAAAUUCUGGCACGAGGAGUGCAUAGACAGCUCACUAUUCAGUGUAUGAGACCUUCUGACUCGGGCACGUACACCUGUGAUGCUGGCACUGACCAGUUUCAAACCACAGUCACUGUGGAAGUGCCCCGUCAGGUGGAGUUUGUAACAGAACUGCAGAAUGUCACUGUUCUAGAGGGAGAAAUCGCAACAUUUAAGUGUGUUGUGUCCCCAGAAGAUGUGGAUCUUCUCUGGGAACUGAAUGGGUCCUCUGUACACUCCGAUAAGAGAUUCAGCCUAACAAGUAAUGGGCUAUGUCACUCACUCACUGUGCGCUCCUGUCGUCUCUCGGACUCUGGAAUUGUCACUGCCAAUGCUGAAGGGAAGAUCUCCAGGGCAAGAUUAAGAGUACAAGAAGCACAGGUGCUUUUUGUACAAGGAUUGCAGGAUACAGAAGUGGAAGAAGAAUGUGAUGUGACUCUGCAAGUGCAGGUGACUACUGAGAGAGCAGAGGUUCACUGGGUGAAGCAAGGAGUUGUGAUCCAGCCAAGCAGUAAAUUUACACUACAGCAGUCUGGCUGCAUUCAUUCACUCACUAUUCACGGUGCCCAGUCAUCUGACAAAGGUCGCUAUAGUUGUGAGAGUCUACAUGACCGAACGGAUUGCCGGCUGAAUGUGAUUCCCCAAAGUAUAUCUGUGAGAAAGGAACUGAGGGAUGUAACAUGUAUGGAGGGAAGCAACGUGGAGUUUUCAGUUGAGCUGUCCCAUGAGGGCUUGGUUGGAGAAUGGUGGAAAGGUGGUGUCCGUCUGACUUCUGAUGACAAUUGUACGAUAAAAUCCAGUGGACGACAGCAUUUUCUGUACCUUUCUUAUCUAGCUAUUCCUGACUCUGGUGUUAUUGCAUUCACAACGGACACCCUGCGGACCACUGCACAAUUAACAGUCAGAGAGCAUCCUCUGGUCAUCACACAACCCCCCCAGGACUUUGUAGUUAAUGAGUCUGGAGCAGCAACAUUCCAGUGUGAGGUGUCCAAACAAGAGGCUGUAGUGACAUGGAGCAAGGAUGGUGUCCAGCUCACGCAAACCUCCUCUUGCCGUAUGUUCUCUGUGGGUCGACGCAGAAUCUUACAGCUGAGCCACUGUGGGCCUCAGGAUGCUGGCACUUACAUUUGUCAUUUAGAGGAGAUCAGUGCAUCUGCUACUCUACGUGUCCUAGAGCAAGAACCUCAGAUGUUGAAGGAUUUGCAGGAUUUGGAGAUAGUGGAGAAUGAGAAUGCUGUUUUUACCUGUGAAGUGUCCUGUGCUGAAGCAAAAGGGGAAUGGUUCAAAAAUGGAGAGAAAAUCAAAGUUACAAGCACAACCAAAAUUCGUCAAGAAGGAAGAAAGCAUUUCCUGUUAAUAUGUGGGGCACAAUGUGAAGACUCGGGAGAAGUUACCUGCAUAGUCAGAAGAGCAGAAUCAAGAGCUAAGCUACGAGUAACAGAGCUCCCUGUUCGGAUAGUGAAGGCUCUUAGAGACAAAACUGCAUUACAGGGUCAUCGAGUGAUACUUGAGUGUAAGGUCAACCCGCCGAGAGCUAAGGUGACUUGGUUACGUGGUGGAAGGGAGAUUCAGCAUUCUUCAAAAUAUCAGAUAUGUGUUGAAGAUGCUUUUCGUCAACUUAUCAUUAGUGAUGUGACGCCAGAAGAUGAGGAUGUAUAUACUGUCAGCACAACAGGAGGGCAGAGCUCAGCACGUGUUUUUGUGGAGGGUCUGGCCAUCCAACUCCUUAGAGGCCUGAGUGAUGUAAGGGUGACGGCACCUGAUGAUGCUUGUUUUGAAUGUGAGGUGUCUGUUCCACUUUCUCGUCCUCCUCAGUGGAGUAUAAAAGGGAUAAUUUUAUGUGCCGGACCAGAUGUGAUCAUGGAGACUAGAGGAACUCAUUACAGGCUCAUCCUGAAAAAUACACAGGCUAAAAUGUCUGGAAAUGUGAGGUUUACAGCAGGAAAAACACGCUCAGAAGCCAAGCUCACUGUGCAAGAAUAAGUGGAAAAUAACGUGUGUACUUUGCAAGACUAAGGAUCAAGAUAUGUCUGUUCUUCCUGUUAAUGCAGCACAUCCAAAGUUCCUUUUCCCCCAUGAUCCUCCUUGUGUUAGACUGAGACAACCUCUUCUUAUGUCUAACCCACUGAUAAUUUGGUAGAGCUGGGCUCAUACCAAUGAAAAUAUGGCUGGAUUUAAGCAAAACUAAGUUAUUACACUUGUAUUUCAAAUCUUAAUAAAUGCAGCACAAAGUAUUUAUUAAUUGUAAUAAUGACUGUAUCCGGCCACUGUCUCCAAGAGCAUAAAAUGGAGAAAGGUAGAGAGAAUGUGAAAUAAAUUAAUAUAUCCAAGUGAAAAAAAAAUAAGAACUUGAAAAAAGGAUAUAAAGAAUAAAAGAAUAAAAAGGUGUUUUAAAUGAGAUUCAAGUUGAUUAAGAAAUGUCUGUACAGUUUGGGACAGUUUGCAUUUCGAGUCUUAUUGAUUCAGUAGGUGCCACCACCCUUCAUGUCCUACUUCUGUCUUAUCAGCAGCAAAGCUCCCACCACCCCGCAGUUUGCACCAAUUGCACAUUUGGGAACUGUGUCCUACUGUCAUUCCUGUUUUUCUCCUUCCCCUUUAUAUCUCAUGAUUUCAUAAGGUAACCCCGGAACCAGCUAAGCCAUGCCCACAGACUGCCACAAACCAUGCCCCACUGUCACAACACCCUGUGUCCCAAGACACCUGACCACUCAGUGCUGUCGAUCCUGGGCUGGAGUUAGGAGGUACGCCUGAAUUAAUGUUUUUUUUAAUGUCUAUAACAUAACGUAUGCCAAACAUGCAGCUCACAAAAUGUGGGACAGGGAACUAGAUGUAUGAUGUCACCAGUGUCACCCCUGAAAUUGUGCUCCUUAUGUCUUAGCAUAUUCACCCACCUGGUGUGCAACUCAUAUGCACAACAAGCUACUCUUUCUUGCUGCACAUGUUGCUAUGGAUAUCAUCAUGCUCUAGUGAUAUUUAUUUAUUAAUGCAGAGAGGCUGUUGUGGGGUCAAAAAUAUAUUAUGGUAGAAACAUAAAAAUAAUAUAUAUGAUUUCUUUUUGAAGAUUCCAUUUUACAUAAAGGACAGGGGAAUAGUAAUAUAGGGAGAUUGUAAUGGGAAAACGAGAAAGAAGAAGGUUCAAAAUAAAACUGCAAAGUGAAAAUAGGUAAUAAAAUAAAGAAUGUAAAAAAUGUGAGAAGUGCAUAGGGAUGUGAAUUUUUGAACAUAUGCAGCAUGUUUGUAUUCACUACAGUUUGUUUUCACCAGUCCCAGCCCCCACAAGCUUCUUUGUGUCCGGCGCUACUGCUUUAACCUAAUGUUAGUACCAGCUGUUUACAUCUUUUUUUCUGCCAUUAUCAAUAAAGUUUUUUUCUCACUCUGA